AAUUGUUCACAAAAUAUUACGUGGAAUGGAAAGGAGGAAGAAAAAGUGGCAGUACCUCAUAUAUGAACAUACCACGAUUUUACUACAGGCAUUUGAUUAUCUCCUAUCUGUCCACAGAAUCUUGUGGUAAGGUGCUUUGUAUUUGGGCAUGUUGGCUGGUUGUGAAGGACUAGCUAAAGCUGAAGUGCUGCACAGUCUUGGGCUGGUAAUGUCAGUGUAAUGCUUCCUUGUUAUAAUGUAUAUGAGGACUAAAUAAAUGGCUUCUGGUUUUCCAGCACAUUCCAACAAUUUCCCUAGUGGGCCCAGAAGAAGAAAUAAGUUCUGUUUAUGUAUCACUGAGAGAGACUCCAGAGAUGGUUGAGUUUACUGCAGUGCAAAGACAAGAGGGAUGUGACCCUAGAAAUCCUAGUGAGUGAGAGAGAGGGAGAGACUGUGUGUGUGUGUUUAACACCAGUUUAGAGCAGUAGAAGUAUCGCUUGCUUGCUUUUCUGGCUGAACUGACGAUGUGUACUGAUUAACUGAGAUAAUCUUGCAGCAAAACCACGUUUUUGCUGCAUUUCUUAGAUGCUCUGUCUUAAGCACGUUGACAUCUCUAGAGAGAUCUCUUCUUAACCAAAUAUAAAUGCCUUUUAAGAAUCUGUGGUUUCUACUGGACAAACAUCAGACAUCACCAAUGAUUGGGGAAGAAGCAAUGAUCAACUAUGAGAACUUCUUGAAAGUUGGUGAAAAAGCUGGACCUAAAUGCAAGCAGUUCUUCACAGCUAAGAUCUUUGCUAAAUUACUCCACAACGAUCCUUAUGGGAGGAUAUCUAUCAUGCAAUUUUUCAAUUAUGUCAUGCGAAAAGUAUGGCUUCAUCAGACAAGAAUAGGCCUCAGUUUAUAUGACGUGGCAGGACAGGGCUACCUCAGAGAAUCAGAUUUAGAAAACUAUAUUUUGGAACUCAUCCCUACUUUGCCACAACUGGAUGGUUUAGAAAAAUCUUUUUACUCCUUCUAUGUCUGCACAGCAGUUAGAAAGUUUUUCUUCUUUCUGGAUCCUCUCAGAACAGGGAAGAUAAAGAUACAGGAUAUUUUAGCUUGCAGCUUCCUGGAUGACUUACUGGAGUUAAGGGAUGAAGAACUUUCUAAAGAAAGUCAGGAAACAAAUUGGUUUUCUGCUCCUUCUGCCUUAAGAGUUUAUGGCCAGUACUUAAACCUUGAUAAAGAUCACAAUGGCAUGCUUAGCAAAGAAGAACUGUCCCGGUAUGGAACAGGGACUCUCACCAACAUAUUUUUGGAUCGUGUCUUUCAGGAAUGCUUAACUUACGAUGGUGAAAUGGACUAUAAAACCUACCUGGACUUUGUGCUUGCAUUAGAAAACAGAAAGGAGCCUGCAGCUCUGCAAUACAUUUUCAAACUGCUUGAUAUAGAGAACAAAGGAUACCUGAAUGUUUUUUCCCUUAAUUAUUUCUUUAGGGCUAUUCAGGAACAAAUGAAAAUCCAUGGACAAGAACCAGUUUCUUUUCAGGAUGUCAAGGAUGAAAUCUUUGAUAUGGUGAAGCCUAAGGAUCCUUACAAAAUCUCCCUUCAAGACUUAAUCAAUAGCAGCCAAGGAGACACUGUUACCAGCAUUCUAAUUGAUCUGAAUGGGUUCUGGACAUACGAGAACAGAGAGGUCCUUGUGGCAAGUGAUAAUGACAACACUGGUGAUGUUGAUGAUACGUGACAUUGAGAUAUCUCUGUGGAUACAGUCUGCUCCUGUUCAAUCUGAUGCACCAAGUGUUGAAAGCUAGAAACAUUCAUUAUCUGAAUCAAUGCCUCUUCCUUUUUACUUCCCUCCCCCCUCCCCCCAAUAUAAAAUGUGGUACGUAUACAGGAAUCACAGAACUAAUUUCUGAAACCAAAAAAGCAAAUGUUGUUUAAAAGGUAAAAAUUAUCUUUUUUUUUUUUAAUAAAUAUUUUUUGACUUUU